UUCAACAUCAUCUCUCUCUCUCUCUCUUUUUCUCUCUGUCCCUCCUCUCCUUCUCUUUCUCAUUCAUUGCAAUGGGUAGAAGAUGCUCACACUGUGGAAACGUAGGGCAUAACUCAAGAACAUGUUCUUCUUACCAUACAAGAGCCAUUAGGCUCUUUGGUGUUCAUCUAGACACCACAAGCUCUUCUCCGCCACCUCCUUCUCCUCCGUCGAUUUUAACCGCCGCAAUGAAGAAAAGCUUCAGCAUGGAUUGCUUGCCAGCAUGCUCCUCCUCUUCCUCUUCCUUCGCCGGUUACCUCUCCGACGGUCUCUCCCAGAAAACACCCGACCGCAGAAAAGGGGUUCCAUGGACGGAGGAAGAGCACCGGACGUUUCUAAUUGGGUUAGAGAAGCUUGGAAAAGGAGAUUGGAGAGGGAUCUCAAGAAACUUCGUCGUCACGAAAUCGCCGACACAAGUGGCAAGUCAUGCUCAAAAGCACUUUCUCCGGCAAACAACCACUCUCAAUCACAAGAGACGCCGCACCAGCCUCUUCGAUAUGGUUUCGGUCGGCAAGGUUGAAGAAAACAGUACUCUGCAAAGUAUAUGUAAUGAUCAUAUUGAGUCGACCUCAAAGGUUGUUUGGAAACAAGGAUUACUAAAUCCUAGUCUUGGAUAUCCAGAUCCGAAAGUAUCAGAGUCGGGUAACUCUGGUGGACUCGAUCUUGAGCUGAAGCUUGCGUCCAUUCAAUCUCCUGAAUCGAAUAUUAGACCUAUUAGCGUUACGUGAAAACAAUAUAUACACAUAACUAGUUUAAAUUUUAAAAGCUUUACAUAUAUAAUCACCGAUCCUGUCUAAUUUGAUUUUUGAUCCAUCUUAGUUACUUUGAUAAAUUUGGUGAAUAUUUUAUGCUGUACUGUGAGACUUUUGUCUUGGAUCCAUACUUUUUUCCUCUAUAAUUAUUUGAAUUCAAAACCGAGAC